GUACUCUGCACGACGCCGCCAUAUUGAAAGUCUGUGCGUGCUCAUGAACUAAACACACGCUUGAGUUUUGAACUCUAAAAGCGCCAGAGAAAGAUAUAGAAAGAGGAAGAGUAGACUGUUGCCACCAUGGCAUUGCCGUAUGUGGUAGGUCCUGGUGGGCAGCUGUUCAUGGUGGGACAGGCCCCUAUCAUACAGCAGCCAAUCAUUCACCACCAGCCUCCCAAAGUGCCUGAUUAUAUGAAUGAAGAUAAACUGCAAGAAAAAGCCAGAAAAUGGCAACAGCUGCAAACCAAAAGGUACAGUGAGAAGCGUAAAUUUGGGUUUAUUGAUGCUCAGAAAGAAGACAUGCCACCAGAGCAUGUCCGUAAGAUUAUACGAGAUCAUGGAGACAUGUCCAGCAGGAAAUACAGACAUGAUAAAAGAGUCUAUCUCGGAGCUUUGAAGUACAUGCCCCAUGCAGUGCUGAAGCUAAUGGAGAACAUGCCCAUGCCAUGGGAACAGAUCAGAGAUGUGAAGGUGCUCUACCACAUCACUGGAGCCAUCACAUUUGUCAAUGAAAUUCCAUGGGUCAUAGAGCCUGUCUACAUAGCUCAGUGGGGAACCAUGUGGAUCAUGAUGCGUAGAGAAAAGCGUGAUCGUCGCCACUUCAAAAGAAUGCGAUUCCCUCCAUUUGAUGAUGAGGAGCCUCCCCUGGACUACGCUGACAACAUUCUGGAUGUGGAGCCUCUGGAGGCUAUCCAGAUGGAGCUGGAUCCUGAUGAGGACAAGGCUGUCAUUGACUGGUUUUAUGAUCACCAACCUCUUACAGACACAAGGCAUGUGAAUGGCACCACGUAUAAGAAGUGGAACCUGACUCUGCCUAUAAUGUCUUGUCUGUAUCGCCUGGCCAACCAACUCUUGACUGAUCUGGUGGAUAGUAACUACUUCUACCUGUUUGACCUCAAGUCAUUUUUCACAGCCAAGGCUCUCAACUUGGCUAUUCCAGGAGGGCCAAAGUUUGAGCCCCUUGUCAAGGACAGCACUCUCAAUGAUGAAGAUUGGAAUGAGUUUAAUGACAUAAACAAGAUCAUAAUUCGUCAACCUGUGAGGACAGAGUACAGGAUUGCCUUCCCGUACCUUUACAACAACAUCCCAUUCCAGGUGCACUUAUCAUGGUACCACACACCCAAUGUUGUGUUUAUCAAGACAGAGGACCCUGACUUACCAGCUUUUUACUUUGACCCUCUGAUCAAUCCCAUAUCCCACAGGCAUGCUGUCAAGGGUACAGAAAAUCUCCCUGAUGAUGAUGAAGAGUUUGAGUUACCAGAGGAAGUGGAGCCCUUCCUGAAGGGUACCCCUCUGUAUGAUGACAGCACAGCCAAUGGUAUUGCUUUGUUGUGGGCACCAAGACCAUUUAAUUUGAGGUCAGGGAGGUCAAGACGAGCACUGGAUGUACCCCUUGUGAAGUCAUGGUAUCGUGAACACUGCCCCUCGGGCAUGCCAGUCAAAGUAAGGGUGUCCUACCAGAAGUUGCUGAAGUACUUUGUUCUCAAUGCACUACAUCACAGACCUCCAAAGGCACAAAAGAAAAGGUAUCUGUUCAGAUCCUUCAAGGCUACAAAGUUUUUCCAAACCACAACUCUCGACUGGGUUGAAGUGGGUUUACAAGUAUGCAGGCAAGGCUACAACAUGUUGAACCUGUUGAUCCAUCGCAAGAAUCUCAACUACCUUCACUUGGAUUACAACUUCAACCUGAAACCUGUCAAGACUUUGACUACUAAGGAACGUAAAAAAUCUAGGUUUGGCAAUGCUUUCCACUUGUGUCGUGAGAUUCUGCGUCUGACCAAGCUGGUCAUUGAUAGCCAUGUACAGUACAGACUGGGAAAUGUUGAUGCCUUCCAGUUGGCAGAUGGCAUGCAGUACAUGUUUGCACACGUGGGACAGCUGACAGGAAUGUACCGCUACAAGUACAAACUGAUGAGACAGAUCAGGAUGACCAAGGACUUGAAACAUGUCAUCUAUUUCAGAUUCAACACUGGUCCUGUUGGAAAAGGUCCAGGCUGUGGGUUUUGGGCUCCAGGCUGGAGAGUGUGGCUGUUCUUCAUGCGUGGUAUCACCCCUCUCUUGGAGCGUUGGCUAGGGAACUUGCUGUCCAGGCAGUUUGAGGGGCGUCACUCCAAGGGUGUGGCCAAAACUGUGACCAAGCAGAGAGUUGAGAGUCACUAUGAUCUGGAGUUGAGAGCAGCGGUGAUGCAUGAUAUUCUUGACAUGAUGCCAGAAGGUAUCAAACAAAACAAAGCCAGGACCAUCCUUCAGCAUUUGAGUGAGGCAUGGAGGUGCUGGAAAGCCAACAUCCCCUGGAAGGUACCAGGGCUACCAAUUCCAAUUGAGAACAUGAUCCUGAGGUAUGUGAAGGCCAAGGCAGACUGGUGGACCAAUACAGCUCAUUACAACAGAGAGAGAAUCAGGAGAGGAGCCACUGUUGAUAAAACUGUCUGCAAGAAGAACCUGGGCCGUCUUACACGUCUGUACCUGAAGGCAGAGCAGGAAAGACAGCACAACUACCUGAAGGAUGGUCCAUACAUCACAGCAGAAGAGGCCGUUGCUAUCUACACCACCACUGUCCACUGGCUGGAGAGCAGGAGGUUCUCUCCCAUUCCUUUCCCUCCUCUCUCAUAUAAACAUGACACCAAGCUGCUCAUCCUGGCUCUGGAAAGACUGAGAGAGGCAUACAGUGUCAAGAGCCGGCUUAAUCAGUCUCAGCGUGAAGAACUUGGCCUGAUAGAACAGGCAUAUGACAACCCCCACGAAGCCUUGUCACGUAUCAAGCGUCACUUGCUGACACAGAGAGCUUUCAAGGAGGCGGGUAUAGAGUUCAUGGACCUGUACAGCCACCUGAUCCCAGUGUAUGAUAUUGAGCCCCUGGAGAAGAUCACAGAUGCCUACCUAGACCAGUACCUGUGGUAUGAGGCAGACAAGAGGAGGUUGUUCCCACCCUGGGUCAAACCUGCAGACUCUGAACCUCCACCACUCCUGGUGUACAAAUGGUGUCAAGGGAUAAACAAUCUUCAGGAUGUAUGGGACACUGCAGAAGGGGAGUGUAAUGUCAUGUUAGAGUCCCGCUAUGAAAAACUCUAUGAAAAGAUUGAUUUAACACUGUUGAACAGACUGUUACGUCUUAUUGUGGAUCACAACAUUGCUGAUUACAUGACAGCAAAGAACAAUGUGGUUAUCAACUAUAAGGACAUGAACCACACCAACUCCUAUGGUAUUAUCAGAGGUCUGCAGUUCUCAUCCUUCAUUGUCCAGUUUUAUGGCCUUGUGCUUGACCUGCUGGUGCUGGGUCUGCAGAGAGCCAGUGAAGUGGCUGGGCCACCACAGAUGCCCAAUGAUUUCCUCACAUUCCAGGAUGUAGCAACAGAGAGUGCCCACCCCAUCAGACUGUAUUCAAGAUAUAUUGACAGAGUUCACAUAUUCCUUAGGUUCUCUGCAGAAGAAGCUCGUGACUUGAUCCAGAGGUACCUUACAGAGCACCCUGAUCCUAACAAUGAGAACAUAGUGGGAUAUAACAACAAGAAAUGCUGGCCAAGAGACUCCAGGAUGAGGCUUAUGAAACAUGAUGUCAACCUUGGUCGAGCAGUGUUCUGGGACAUCAAGAACCGUCUGCCCCGCUCAGUGACCACUGUCCAGUGGGAGGGCAGUUUUGUGUCUGUGUACAGCAAGGACAACCCCAACCUUCUGUUCAACAUGAGUGGCUUUGAGUGCCGUAUACUGCCCAAGUGCAGGAUGACCCAUGAGGAGUUCACUCACAAAGAUGGGGUCUGGAAUCUGCAAAAUGAGGUAACCAAGGAGAGGACAGCCCAGUGUUUCCUUAGAGUUGAUGAUGAGUCCAUGAACAGAUUCCACAACAGAGUGAGGCAGAUCCUUAUGGCAUCUGGUUCUACAACCUUUACCAAGAUUGUCAACAAGUGGAACACUGCCCUCAUUGGUUUGAUGACCUACUUCAGGGAGGCUGUGGUGAACACACAAGAGUUACUAGACCUGCUGGUCAAAUGUGAAAACAAAAUACAAACACGUAUCAAAAUUGGACUGAACUCUAAAAUGCCUAGUCGUUUCCCCCCAGUGGUGUUCUACACCCCCAAAGAGCUGGGCGGCCUGGGGAUGUUGUCCAUGGGCCAUGUGUUGAUUCCACAGUCUGAUCUGAGGUGGUCCAAGCAGACUGAUGUGGGAAUCACUCACUUCAGGUCUGGAAUGAGCCAUGAUGAGGAUCAGUUGAUCCCUAACUUGUACAGGUAUGUGAUGCCGUGGGAGAGUGAAUUCAUAGACUCUCAGAGAGUGUGGGCUGAGUAUGCUCUGAAACGACAGGAGGCCAACGCACAAAACAGGCGCCUCACUCUGGAAGACCUGGAGGACAGCUGGGACCGUGGUAUUCCUCGUAUCAAUACCUUGUUCCAGAAGGACAGACACACACUUGCCUAUGAUAAAGGGUGGAGGGUUAGGACUGAGUUCAAGGCAUAUCAGGUACUGAAGCAGAAUCCAUUCUGGUGGACCCACCAGCGCCAUGACGGCAAACUGUGGAACCUGAACAACUACAGAACUGACAUGAUCCAAGCCCUGGGAGGAGUAGAAGGCAUUCUGGAACACACACUGUUCAAGGGCACCUACUUCCCCACAUGGGAAGGUCUGUUCUGGGAGAAGGCUAGUGGGUUUGAGGAGUCCAUGAAGUACAAGAAGUUGACCAAUGCACAGAGGUCAGGUCUCAACCAGAUCCCCAACCGUCGCUUCACUCUUUGGUGGUCACCCACUAUUAACAGGGCAAAUGUGUAUGUAGGUUUCCAGGUACAACUGGACCUGACUGGUAUAUUCAUGCAUGGCAAGAUCCCCACUCUGAAGAUCUCUCUCAUCCAGAUCUUCAGGGCUCACUUGUGGCAAAAGAUCCAUGAGAGUGUGGUCAUGGACUUGUGUCAGGUAUUUGAUCAAGAGUUAGAUGCCCUGGAGAUUGAGACUGUACAGAAAGAGACCAUCCAUCCCAGAAAAUCUUACAAGAUGAACAGCUCCUGUGCAGAUAUCCUGUUGUUUGCUGCUUACAAGUGGAAUGUUUCCAAGCCUUCCCUUCUUGCAGACUCAAAAGAUGUGAUGGACAACACCACAACCCAGAAGUACUGGCUUGACAUCCAGCUACGUUGGGGAGACUAUGACUCUCACGACAUAGAGAGAUAUGCCAGAGCCAAGUUCUUGGACUAUACCACUGACAACAUGAGUAUCUAUCCGUCCCCCACUGGGGUCAUGAUUGCUCUGGAUCUGGCUUAUAAUUUACACAGUGCAUUUGGCAAUUGGUUCCCUGGUUGUAAGCCUCUGAUCCAGCAGGCCAUGGCAAAGAUCAUGAAGGCCAACCCUGCCUUGUAUGUGCUGCGUGAACGUAUCCGUAAAGCCCUCCAGCUGUACUCCUCUGAGCCCACUGAGCCCUACCUGUCAUCACAGAACUAUGGAGAGCUGUUCUCCAAUCAGAUCAUCUGGUUUGUAGAUGAUACCAAUGUCUACAGAGUGACCAUUCACAAGACAUUUGAAGGUAACCUGACCACCAAGCCCAUCAAUGGCGCCAUCUUUAUCUUCAACCCCAGGACAGGCCAACUGUUUCUGAAGAUCAUUCACACUUCUGUCUGGGCAGGACAGAAACGUCUGGGCCAGCUAGCUAAGUGGAAGACUGCUGAGGAAGUGGCAGCCUUGAUCCGUUCUCUGCCUGUGGAGGAACAGCCCAAACAGAUCAUUGUGACCAGGAAAGGAAUGUUGGAUCCCCUGGAGGUCCACUUGCUGGAUUUCCCUAACAUUGUGAUCAAGGGAAGUGAGCUGCAGCUGCCAUUCCAGGCCUGUUUGAAGGUGGAGAAGUUUGGUGAUCUCAUNCUGAAAGCCACAGAACCUCAGAUGGUGUUGUUCAAUUUAUACGAUGAUUGGCUGAAGACCAUUUCAUCUUACACUGCAUUUUCCCGUCUGAUCCUGAUACUGCGCGCACUGCAUGUGAACACAGACCGAACCAAAGUGAUCCUGAAGCCUGACAAGACCACCAUCACGGAGCAGCACCACAUCUGGCCAACACUCACAGAUGAGGAGUGGAUCAAGGUGGAGGUGCAGCUCAAGGACCUCAUCCUGGCUGACUAUGGAAAGAAGAACAAUGUGAAUGUGGCAUCCCUCACCCAGUCUGAAAUCCGUGACAUAAUUCUUGGUAUGGAGAUAUCAGCUCCCUCAGCACAGCGCCAACAGAUUGCAGAGAUAGAGAAACAGACCAAGGAACAGUCUCAGCUCACAGCAACCACCACCCGCACAGUCAACAAGCAUGGUGAUGAGAUCAUUACAUCUACCACCAGUAAUUAUGAGACUGCAACAUUCUCGUCAAAGACAGAGUGGCGUGUUCGUGCAAUUUCAGCCACUAAUCUUCACCUGCGAACUAACCACAUCUAUGUGUCAUCAGAUGAUAUCAAGGAAACGGGGUACACCUAUAUCUUACCCAAGAAUAUCCUGAAGAAGUUCAUCAUCAUUUCUGACCUUAGAGCACAGAUUGCUGGUUACCUGUAUGGAGUGAGCCCACCUGACAACCCCCAGGUGAAGGAGAUCCGCUGUAUUGUAAUGCCUCCACAGUGGGGCACACAUCAGACUGUACACCUGCCUAUUUCACUACCUAACCAGGAAUAUCUUAAGGAAAUGGAGCCCUUGGGUUGGAUCCACACUCAGCCUAAUGAACUUCCCCAGCUGUCCCCACAGGACAUCACAACCCAUGCCAAGGUGAUGUCUGAUAACCCUGCCUGGGAUGGAGAGAAGACGGUCAUAAUUACUUGCAGUUUUACCCCUGGGUCCUGCUCCUUGACUGCCUACAAGUUGACCCCCAGUGGCUAUGAGUGGGGCAGACAGAACACAGACAAAGGAAACAACCCCAAGGGAUAUCUACCAUCACAUUAUGAGAAAGUGCAGAUGUUGCUGUCUGAUAGAUUCUUAGGCUUUUUUAUGGUGCCUAGUGUUGGAUCUUGGAAUUAUAAUUUCAUGGGUGUCCGUCAUGACCCCAACAAGAAGUAUGAGUUACAGUUGGCUAACCCCAAAGAGUUUUACCACGAAGUGCACAGGCCAUCCCAUUUUCUGAACUUCAGCAGCAUAGAGGAAGGAGAGUUCAUGAACUCUGACAGAGAGGAUAUGUUUGCUUAGAUCACUCACCAAGUAUUUUUGAAAAGGAAAAAAUAUCUUUAGAUUGGCAAAAAAAUAAUGGGUUGGACAACUUUUUAUGAAGCAGAAUUUGAGGACUUCAUUAAUUGCAGGUCACUUUAAACAGGGCGCUUGCAUACAACUGUAAAUAAAUAUUACAAGACAAAGAUUUUUUAAAAGAAGUUUCAUGUGAAGUAGAUAAAAUGGAAAGAACUUUGUGACAAGACCAAAGAAUCAAAAGGUAAAAUUGGUUAUGUAUCUAAAGAAAGUUCCCUAUCGCUGGAUUACUGUUACAGAUUCUCUUUUAGAAGU